CAGAUAGACCCUGGCGGAGAGAAGGGGCGAGCUGCUUCCUUGUUCUCGCGAGAGGCUCUGCGGGGAACCCUAGCAACGGCGAGAGCGGAGUGUAAACAACCGACCCGGAGAGCCGGCCGGCGAUGGAGGGGGAGGCGGCAGUGGCCGGAGCCGAGGGGCCCUUCUGCCUGCAGCAAGUUACCAUUACAGAAGACUCAGAAGAUGAUUAUCAGUAUGAAGAGGUUCCAGCAGAUGAUGAUUUUAGUCUCCUAGAAGGUGAUGAAGAUCUGAUAAAGGCUUUGCAGACAAUACAGGAGCAGGCUGAAGAUGCACAAAUUAUAGCUCAGCAAUCUGUUCUGACUUCUAAGCAUUCAGUGUCUGAAAUACCUGAAGUUGUGGAUGACUUUCUUUGCAAUUUUCUGGUCAGAAUGGGGAUGGUCAGAACCCUUGACUGCUUCCAAACUGAAUGGUAUGAACUGAUGCAGAAAGGUGCAAUUGAACGUAAAGAUAUUGGAUUUGUCCCAGAUAUGUACACCUACAAUCAGCAUUUGGAGAUGGAGAACAGAAGAUUAAAGAAGGAAUUGGAAAACUAUAAACUGGCUGCCAGCAAAGCUAAGGAGGCUCUGCAAAAAAUACAGAAAGAACGUGAUUUCCAUCGAAUGCACCAUAAGCGAGUGGUCCAGGAAAAAAACAGGCUCAUUAGUGAUAUUAAAAGGCUGAAGGCACAUUAUGCAUCAUAUGAGCCAAUGCUGAAGCAGUUGACUGAAAAAUACCAGACUAUAUUGAGACAGAAAAUGCUAACCAACCUGGAGAGAGACAGAGCAGUUGGUCAGGUUACAGGUUUACAAGCUACAUUACAAAAUUUAGAAUCUGGGCGUGCCAGUGAGAUCCCUGUGACUAGAGCAGGUCAUAGGUGUGAAAGGGAGGAUGGAAGACAGGGUCCUACGCAGAAAGCUGUUCAAGAAAACAGGGAACAAAAAUAUCUGUAUGCUGGUGUUGCUCCAUAUGAUCCCGCGAAAGAUCCAACAAAGCAGAUGGGCAAGAGGUAUUCAAAGGAUUCAGAAUUUCCCAUAGAUACUCAAGUGAACCCUUAUCUUGCUCGUGCCAAGGAAUGCACCCGGCCAUUGAAAUCUGGAGUAUACAGGCUGAGCAGCACUUUAAAAGUCCAUGAUCUAGCAGUCAGCUGUUUACGUGAAUGUUAUGCAUAUAUUAAAAGUAAAAAAAAUGGUAUAAACAAACAGAGAGAUCCCAAACAUUUCAUUAAAGUUCAGUCAUACAUAAAUACAUCUCAUAUGGGUUUUAUCCAUGAAAUAAAAGCGUUUGAAAAGUUUGAGAAGUUUGAGGAAAAUCUGUUCAGCCAUUUUACAUUGUCUGAGCAUUUUAAACUGUGGUUUUCUGCCAUAAAGGUAAAAGCAACAAAUACUAAUUUUACUACUGUACCCUGUGUGGCUCAGCUGGAAUUCAUAAAUUGCUUCAGAGAGGCACUAAUGGAGAGGAAAGUGGUGGCAAUGACCAAUGCAGAGGCUAAGUAUGGAGAAAUAUGUGCUUUGAACAGGAUUGAAGAGGAACAAACGUUCAGCAGAAAGGCUCUUAAAGCACUUAUUGAAGAUGAACUGAGGGAUAUGGAUCUUAUUUGUGUGUUCCCUUUAUGCAUUGCCUUCGUUGACUAUGAAAACACGUUUGACAUCAUAGAGAUCAAUGCACUGCUGAAAGCUCUUGCAGAACAGGGCAUCGACACAAAUUACAUCAAACUACUAAAGGAAGUAAACUCUGACUGCACUAUGGAUAUAACUCUGUUCGACACUCCCCUUUACAUCCCAGUCAAAAAAGGUGUGAAGCAGGGAGACACGGUUUUACCGAAACUCUUCAUGGCCUGCAUUGAAAUGGUAAUGAGGCAGAUGAAUUGGAAAGGUGGAAUCAGCAUCAAUGGAGAGCAGUUAAACCACCUCAGAUUCACAGACGAUAUCACGUUGAUUGCCGAAAACACUAUCAAACUACAGAAAAUGCUGUGA